AUGCUGGACAGGGCUGAGCAGGGCCUGGCCGAGGUGGCGCUGCACAGGGAGGCCGAGGCCGCGGGCGAGGUCGCGCGCGGCGCCCGCCUGCCGCGCAUCACGGGGUCCGACGCGCCCGCCCCGGUGCCAGGCCCGGAGGAGGGCGGGGCGUUCCCGCCGCCGGCCACGGCGACCGGCGCGUCACACCCGUCCCAUCCACCAGGAUACUCCACGGCGAGGAGCGGCGUGGCGCGGGCGCUGCAGCUGCCCGCGACCUCUGAGCCUUCCGAUCCAGUUCCGACGUCGCCGGCAGGGGGCUCGACGCGGUCGCGAGGCAGCACGAGCAGUGGCGGGGCCAGGCGGGCGCUGAGUCUGCUGGCCAGGACGGCCGGGGUGGGCCUCCUGGCCACCGCGGUGGCCCUCAUCUCCGCCACCGCCGCCCCCACGGUGGCCGGGGCAAUUGCGCAGAGGCGGACCCAGCGUGAGCAAGACAGCGACCAGGCGUGGCAGCGACCGCAGAAGAAGGGGCAUGUGGCGGAUCCCGGUAUCGGGGACGCCGCCAAGGACGCCCAGAAGAAGGCCGGGCAGGCCGCGGAAGAUGUGAAGAGCCAGGCCAGCAAGGCAUUCGACGAUGUCGUAAACCAGGGCGAGGAUGCUAUCAAGGGGGCGGAGAAGGGUGGUGCCCGGGGUGGUGAGAAGUGGGACGAUGUCAAGGGCACUGGCACCGAGAAGAGGGAGAAAGGUGACAGCAAGACCAACGCCAAGGGCGUUGAUGCGGCCCGCGAGAGGGCGUCUGAGCUGGACGACUGGACGGGGACUGGCCAGGGCGCGAGCAACAAGCAGUGA